AUCUCAAGAAGAAAAAUAAUUAAUUACUCGCAGCAAAGGACGGACAGUUUCCUGCGCAAAUUCCACGUUCCACCUUCCUCUUCGGUCGUCUCCGCCGGCUUGGAGUUGGGAGAAGAAGCUCAAACGCGGAGGCCACCACGACCACCACAACACCACCACCUCUUCUCCUAGUCAAACCCACCCUUCCCUUGUAAUCUUCGCAACAACAGCAGGACGGCAAGUUCGUAGCUUUCCCCUCCGCUUUAUACACCCGCAUCUCCAAAUCUGAGGAGAGAGGGGAGAAGAUAAAGAAAGAAAAGCGCGCAUUUUGGUGUCCGGGGAAGGGAAAAGGGCGGUUCUUGGCGUCGGUGGCGGGUUUUGUUUUUUGGGGGUGGAAGCGGUUGGUUUGGGGAUGAGCAGCGGCCAGGAAGCCGGAUCGAGCUCCGGUGGAUCCGGCGAUGGCGGCGCGGCGGCGCCCAGGAGGAACACCAGGAAGCCCAAGUAUUCCAAGUUUACUCAGCAGGAGCUCCCAGCUUGCAAGCCGAUUCUUACUCCAAAAUGGGUCAUUUCAGUUUUCGUUCUUGUCGGAGUCAUUUUUGUCCCAAUCGGGCUUGUUUCGUUGAAGGCUUCACGAAAGGUUGUUGAGAUUGUUGAUCGAUACGAUGAUGCAUGUGUCCCAGCUAAUACAACUGACAAGCUUGCUUACAUCCAGAACCCAACAAUAAGCAAAAACUGCAGAAGGACUCUUAAGGUUCCAAAGGAUAUGGAUGCACCAAUCUUUGUGUAUUACCAGCUGGAUAACUUUUAUCAGAAUCAUAGGAGAUAUGUCAAGAGCCGGAGUGAUGCACAGCUAAGAGAUCCCAAAAAGGCAAAUGACACCUCCACUUGUGAUCCCGAGGGUACAGCAAAUGGAAUGGCAAUUGUUCCUUGUGGUCUGAUUGCAUGGAGCAUAUUCAAUGAUACAUAUGGCUUUGUUCGCAACAGUAAGAACCUGCCAGUGGACAAGAAAAACAUCUCUUGGAAGAGUGACAGGGAGCACAAAUUUGGACGUGAUGUCUUUCCAAAGAACUUCCAGAAUGGUUCUCUUAUAGGUGGAAAAACACUUGAUCCAAAUAAAUCGUUGAGUAAACAAGAAGACCUUAUUGUUUGGAUGAGAACUGCUGCACUUCCAACAUUCAGAAAGCUGUAUGGUAGGAUACACACUGACCUCAAGAAAGGUGACACCAUUACGGUGACAUUGGAGAACAACUACAACACAUAUAGCUUUAGUGGCAAAAAGAAGUUGGUACUUUCUACCUCGACAUGGCUCGGUGGAAAGAAUGAUUUUCUUGGUCUAGCAUAUCUCAGUGUUGGUGGACUCUGCUUCUUCCUGGCAUUUGCAUUCACCUUGCUGUACUUGAUAAAACCAAGGAAAAUGGGUGACAACAACUACUUGUCAUGGAACAGAAACCCUGCAGGCCGUUAAUAAGCUCUUCAAACUUUUAAGUUGCAAAUUCAACAUGAAGCAAGUUGGAUUAUGGAUUCAAAUGUAUCUUGUACUAGAUAGCGGUUUUAUUUGUUAGCCGUGCUGGAGUGCCAAUACGGCUUAUACCAAUUAGGGCAGCGUUUAUGAGCAACACUGAUGUACAUUAUGUUGCAAAGAAAAAUAUAUAUAUAUACAGCCUUCUUUUGUUGAAAAUUUUAAAUAUCCCAGAAGUUAAAUGGAAUGAUUUUUAUAUUGUUGCAGUGU